GCGUUUUAGUUUUUCAUCGGUUUGUAGCUUUUUACUGAUCACAACCGUGUAGGUUCAGAGAUACCAAAACAUUACCCACACUGAGUUCACCCUGUUUUUUAUUCCCAGCGUCAGCUAACUCAAGCAUGUCCAGCUUUGGUCAGCUAUUUGACUUAGUUUAGAUCAAGGAUUGAGUAGAGGAGAAGAGUAAGAAGAUUAAGAUUGUUAGCAGACGUCAAAGAAGAUAAUAAAUAAAGACCAAGAUGUUAAUCAGAUUCCUAGUACCUCAUCGUGUAGCGAGCGAGUUGAUUGAACACCCUCCAAGAACGGCCAACAAUGUUGUGUCGGUUAAUUACACGGUGCUUAAGUGCUGGGCAGUACUGUAGUUAAAACGGUAUUGAAGGCAGUCACUUGCAAAGUACACUAUAUUGUCGAGACUAAAACGAAAUAGUUAAGGAAUUGUGCAUUAUCAAAUGUACUCUCAUCGUCACAUAUCUCAUUUUUCAGUAUGUCAACACAACUGGAGCUCGAGUGUGCUUAAAGGAGUUGUACAAGUCAAAGUACGACCCUCUCUCUGUGUCAUAUACUGUCUUGUCAGGUAAGAACGGUUUAAUGGCAUUCUUUUUUUUAGCAACACAUAGGUUUUACUGAUUACUCACAACUAAUUCAUUAUGAAUGCAUACAGAGAUAACUUAUAUAGGUGGGUCAUUUCAUUAAUAGAGGAACGCGAUCAUUUUAAAUAUUACCUCCCUGGAAUUCGUUCAAUGUUUUUGCUACUGAUUAUUCCAUUUAAUCAGUAGAUACUGCUCUCAAUUUGGCGUCGUCAGUUUUAUUUUCCUCUUUUCCUCCUGCUAAGCGUAUCGGCCCCACAAGCAGUUGGAAUGAUGUUUUUGAAGCUGCCUCGUCCCCAGUCGCUCGCGUUGCUUCCCUGCAUUUCUCGCGCUUCUCGAUUGUUCUGUUCUCCCUACUAAGCCUUGGGAAAGCCUGUGGAGAAGGCACUCUUUAAGGGACCAAUUGUGUGGAGAUUUCUAAACCGCACAGUCGUUUUAUAUCUUUAUCACAGAUAUUUGCCAGCCAAGAUGGAGUUUUUUUGGUGGCUACUGUUACUUCACAAGUCGUGCAUGCGCCUCGUGGCUGACCGCUGAGUCAAACUGUUCUACGAUGAGUUCCAAUUUGGUAACGGUUCACGAUCAGGAAGAAAAUGUCUACAUUCAACACCGUCACAACGGAGAGAGAUCUUGGAUUGGACUCAAUGACCGAAGUGUGGAGGGCUCCUUUGUGUGGACAAACAAAGAAAUAAGCAAAUUUAGGUUCUGGGCCACACAGCAACCGAACAACUGGAAAAAUGAAGACUGUGUUCACACUCUUGGCGCCAAGCAUGGUUACACUUGGAAUGAUGUGCCAUGUACUAACUGUUACAACUACACUUGUUUUAAAGGUAAUAAGCGUAGCACUAUGAAGAUUUAUAACCGUAUAUAUCUUAACCUUCACGUUCCAGAUAGUGAAUCUACUGAGUUAAAACUACGUUCAAAAAGGUCGAAACACAAUUACAGCAUGUUAGGCAGAUGGUUAGACAGAUUGCACGAAAAUGAAGAGAGGGUAACACCAAUCAGUUUCAUUAUAAUUAGAAACAUAGGGAAACAAGUCGUAUACAUUUGCAUUAAAAAAAUGUCCACUGACCUAAAAAUGCCCGCAAAAGCAUGAAAUCGGCGUAAUCAAAAAGAGAACGAGAAAGCGUUCAUAAGUUGGAACCAGGGGAAAAGUCGCGCCAACCUCCGCUUACCUUUUAACCCGGUUUUCUAAACACCUCUUUACAAAUUAUUAACCAACAUAAGUACAUACGUUAACUCAGGGCACGCAUACGACCCUUUUUGCAAGUUCCUUUUUUCAAACAUUUUUUUUUUUGCCUUGCCAGUGUACGUCAAUUACCCAACUACACCACAGUAUAUUCUUUUUAAACAAGCUUCAUUAACCAAAAAAGUCAUGUUGUUUGACAAGAAGCCUCUGUGUGCUUACUUUUUAGACUUGGAUGAAUGUACCACUGGCUCCUAUUCCUGUGACGUCAAUUCUGUUUGCCAGAAUACCGUGGGUUCAUACAAAUGUUCGUGUAAUGCUGGGUACACAGGAGAUGGAAAAGCUUGCAAUGGUAUUUGAGAUACAGUUGAUCCUCCAUGUGCCACCACCUCUCCUAAGCGACCCAUAAGUCGACAUGGAGCUACACAUUUCGUAAUUUUGAAAUUGCACGCAAUAAAUUGUUUUCCAAAGAGACGACCUGUUAAUGUUCGAUUUUUGUAAACGUGACCAGGGUCUAAUCUGUCGUAAGACCUAGGACUCCUUUCUCUUCUGUUUUCUUUUUGUCUUAUUGUCCUAUUUGAUUUUUAAAUGCCUUGAAUCAACCCCUUAUGAGUUUCUGGUGUAAUUUAAUGUUUUUUUCCCUUCGUUUCUAUGUAAAAAAGGCAAAAAAAUCGAUUACCUAUUGUACUUAAACAGGAUUAACGCAUAGAGAGAAUCAGAGUAAAUGACCUUAUUGACCAAGAGUUUGCUGCAUCACUAAACGAGAAGCCUUCUUCACUUUUUUCUCCAGAUAUCGACGAGUGCUCUACCAACUCUCACAGCUGUGACGUAAAUGCCGAGUGUAGUAAUACUGUUGGAUCUUACGCAUGCGCAUGUAAAGCAGGAUUCACAGGAGAUGGAUUCACAUGCACUGGUGAGCCGUUUGAGUACAAUUUUGUUUGUUUGACAUGUUUGUUUUUUGAGUGAACCGGCAGCAACGACAGCAAUGCAAAAGCCUUUUGUGCUCUUCUCGCCUUUUACAGUUAAAGUUUUGGUUAGGCUGGAAUUUAUACUAAUUUUAGUAUUGACUAUCUAGUAAACAAAAACAAAAGCGGAGCCAAGCGGCAAGUUUAUAUGAUAAGUGCAACGAUGGUGAUUGUUCAAACCUGCGAGUACUAUUUUUUUUUGGCCAAAAAGUCAAUUGGUUCGAUAACUUAACCGUAAAACAAUGAGAAAUAAUGAUAAACAAUGAUGUGUUAUUAUUUCUGCGACCAAUGAGGAAACACCUUACGAGCAGCUCUUCCAUUACUGUUUUUUUUUUAUUUGUUUGUUUGUUUUUUUGCAUCACGCUUAAGAUAAUUCAUUCCGUUUUUCUCGUUCUGUUUUCUCUUAGCAAUGAAAACUGUUUUGAUUAUACAUGGCAUUUUUCGUUUUGUAGAUAUUGACGAGUGCGCCAGCGGUACUCAUAACUGCCAUAGCUCACUUGCUUCAUGUACAAACACAAGGGGAUCUUUUAGUUGUUCAUGCGACAAUCCUUACACUGGAAAUGGCAGAACUUGCAAUCUAGCAUCAGGUAAUCAACUCGCCGAAUAUUAGGAAGAUGUCCGUUUACUAAACCUCUAAUAAUUAUGCCGGCAGAGGGGACGUCGUUACAUCCGGUAGGAUUGUCCUAAUACUCAUUUCGUACCUAAGUGACUAAACCAGCCUUCAACAAAUGUUUGAGCUUCUCACUCUUCUCACUCGUUCUAUGAACUGUUUAUGACUAAAUAAGGUUAUCUCAAUAUAAGCUUCAAUAGAAGACGAACACUUUGAGCUUGCCUUCGCCAUGUUAAGGCGGGAAUAAAGAAAUCAUUAUAUCGAUCAUGAUAUGUGCACUAUUACUUUUAAUCAGGCGAGUUUAUUUCCUUAAUUUUGCCGAUUAACUGCGAAUGCGGUUAACUACCCACAACGUUAUGUUGAACAGAGGAAGACUUAAGUUAGUGGUCUUAGUUAUUUGGCGAUAGGGUAAACAUAUCUUUUUUGUCGACUGGAGAUAUAAACUGCAUGCAUUCGGAGAUAGACCCAAAGCAAGAGACAGACAGUGUUCCACUAAAUCCUAAUUCGCUAGUAUCUUUUCCUUUUUUUUGGUAUAUUGUGUCUUAUAUUUUGUUUUUAUUCAUUCACGGUGACCUUUGAAAGAAAUUCAGUUUGCUGCAUCCGCUUUCCUUUCCCUUACAGUGUAUUUUGUUUCGCUCUUCUUUUACUUUAUUCUUAUUUAUUAAUUCUGUGCAAAUUUGUUUUACGACAUUUUACCCAGAACGCCAAACGAAGAUAAACACGACUUCAAUCAGUAAUAUAUUCGUACCGUGCUCAAGUCACUUUUUUUUUUGCAUUGGGGAGUUUAAGCAUUGAAGACCGCCACAGUAAUAAACUUAGAUUACCAACAUUGCACGUUUAUCAUGCUUGACUGGAUAACGUGAAACUUCCUUGAAAAACAUAUCAAUAUUUAGUAGGCGUAUCGUCCAAUGGACUUUACGAAUUUGAACACUUGGGGCGGGAACGGGGGGGAGGGAGGGGUAAUUCGGUCUGGGGGAAAAUACGAGUUAGAAUGGCUGAGUCAAUUUAAUGCAGAUAAGGAUGAACGUUUUAUAUAAAUAGUAAUAAAAAUGAACUGUUCCGGCGGAUUGUUCAUUCAAAAUUAAAACCAUCCUAUUUUCAAAUUAAGACGUAUUACCUAUCUGACCCAAAUUAUCAAACGGAUAACCCAUCCACUCUCCCCGGGAGAGCGGCGGAAAUGGAGUCUAGGUCAAAACUAAAAGGAGCUUGUUUGUCAUCCUAAUUUGCAGCGAAAUGAAAAGUCAAAACUUGAACCAAAAAAAAAAAAUCAAAAACAAAAAAAAAAUUCACCCUAAAAAAAAAAACAACAACAACUUUUGCCCGAAAAAAAAAACCUUAUUCCAAAAAAAAAAAAAAAAUUGUCGAAGUUUUUUAACUGAUCGGGACAAACACCAGGCCAAUCCAAUUUCACCACUGUCAUCGAGCCAAGAAGAAGCUGGUGAAGUGAGACACAAACAGUACUUACAUAUACCCGUCACUGACCGGUUUGCAAUUCCGCAAAACUUCUCAAUUUCCAUUAUGUCGCGUCGCAUCGAGGUUCGGUGUAGCGACACUCUCUUCAAACGCUUUUUUCCCUCUUUUUUACGAUUCAGAAUAACUGUAGAAAAUUCUUUUAUUUGGAUAGCCAUUUUGCGAAGGCAGGUAGACGCUUAGGGCCUGUUUACGUGGAGGUGGGGGUGGGGGUCCCCAGGUGGGUGAGGUGACCCGCUUAGGUAGGGUAACCCGCCUGUCCAUACAAUCUCUCAUAUGCAAGAGAGGAUAAAGGGGACAGAGAAGGCAUCCCCCAUACACACCCUAUUCCAUAGGUAUUUUGUCUCGAGUUAUUUUUAAGACCACAGAUCCCAAGGGGGAUUAGACAACAGCCAAUCACAUAGCGCGAAUUUGUUCCGCGUGGAUGACCCACGCUCAGAGCCACGCGUCCUUCACGAAUUGAGGCAGAACAAAAUGGCGGAAGACACGGAGACCGAUAUUACUAUUCGUUUUGUCGACGAAAACGACUACAGAGAGAUUUCUGCUAAAGCUGUGUCAGCGAAACGGAAAUUAAAAAAGAAUCGUCCUUCCUCUCUUGUAUAGAGCUAACCGUACAGCAGGGAAAUCCUUAACACACUGAAUAUUAUCUCAGGAUCAUUUAUAAUUUACAAAUCGAAGAGAGCAAUUUCUGGUUUGAUAUUUAUUCCUUAUUAGUCUUUUAUCAUUCAACGAAAAUAACACUUGGCGUCCUACCUGCUUUAUUGUACAAGCGACCAGUUUCAAUAGACCGGCGAGAGAAAUUUCUCAUUUUAUUGAAGCGCUGAGGUUACGACAACUUCGAGUAAACUGAUUUCAUUGCCUUUCGCCCGACAUGUUUUGCACGGCGUUUAGUCAUGCGAAACCUCCACUAAACAUCCACGCAGCGCGCGAGGUAACUUUAUCCCGAUUCUAAAAAUAACUCGAGACGAAUUACCUAUGGAAUGGGGUUUGUAUGGGAGAUGCCUUCUCUGUCCCCUUUAUCCGCUCUUGCUCAUAUGGUCAUCCCAACUAUCAUGUAAACUAGAUCAAAUUAAAAUGACAGAUUAUAUAUCCAGGCGAUUUACCCACCUUUCAUGUGAACUGGUCUUUAAACUGUGGCACUUGAGGUUGUACAAUGUAUUUGCAUCAUUAUAUCUGACCAACCUUUGAUGUUUUGGUUGCUUUUUUGUUCCGAUUUUAUUGCUAUUUUUUUUAAUUAAAAGGCGAAAACCGUUAUUUAGCAAUCCUAUUGAAAUGAAAUAUUAUGUAAUUUAUAGUCAUAGUUUAUCAGCCGACCCCAUAAAAUGGCUUUUUAGCCAACUUCACGAUUACAAUUUGAUAAAGCAAAAUUAUCUACUUUACAAUAUGUGAAAUUUGUUGAGGAAAAAAACUUGAACAGAAAUUUUUUGGGUGUUGAAUGCCCAAUGAAACUAAAUGACAUCGACGAGCAAAAUUAAGCUCUGGCGGUAUAAUUGAAUACUGCAGGAGCCUGCGUAUCAGGCGUUUGAGAAAUAUGGUUUCUAUGGCGGCCAGCGGAACAAACGAGAGAGAACGCGCAAGCAAGCGGCAAAGCAGCCUUUCUAUAUCGCCUCAGCCUUCGAAAGCAGUCGUUUCUGCUCGCUCCUUGCCGCUAGGGACAAGCGUUGUAAAACUUUUUAACCGCAGAGUUAUCCAAGGCUUCCCAUCUUCUUCAAGUUUUGAUCAUUUUAACUAUUGUCUAUUUUAAUGUCAGAAUGUCAAAAUUACCGGAGUCUGAACAAUGCUGACAGGAAGAUAACUUAUGGAAGGCCCAACAAUUAUUGUGAUAGAGGUAUCGGCCCUGGAUGGUUUCGUUUUGAAGGGUCCGCCGGCACAAGAAUGCCAACUUCAUGUCCACCUACCUACAGGUGUAACACUGAUGCAACCGGCUGGGUGAAUGGUGGACACCCCACAGUAGCAGACGGUCAGGUCAGCAGGACGGUGUGUUUUCACUGGGAUAGUAACUGCUGUAGGUGGUCAACAAACAUCAAAGUGAGAAAUUGUGGUUCAUAUUAUGUGUACUAUCUUGGUGGUACACCUGCUUGUUACCUCCGUUAUUGUGGUACUAACUAA